AUGGCCGAGGGGGGCUCUGGCAGCUCGGGCUCCCCGGGCAGCCUCCGGCCGGGGGGGCCCCGGGGGGUGCUGGGCAGGCGCCCCCCGCCCCCCCCCCUGAGCCCGGGCCGCCUGCCCUCCAUCCGCUCCCGAGACCUCACCCUGGGGGGCGUCAAAAAGAAAACUUUCACCCCCAACAUCAUCAGCAGGAAGAUCAAGGAGGAGCCCCGCGAGGACGUGGCGGUGAAGAAGGAGAAGAAGGAGCGGGAGCGGCAGCGGGACGGGCACGGCCGGGGCCGGAACCGGCCCGAGGUCAUCCAGUCCCACUCCAUCUUCGAGCAGGGCCCCGCUGAAAUGAUGAAGAAGAAAGGCUCCUGGGACAGGAGUGUGGACGUGUCCGACUUCGGCCCUUCCCACAUCAUCAACAUCAAGAAGGAGAAGAGGGAGACGGACGAGGAGACCAAGCAGAUCCUGAGGAUGCUGCAGAAGGACGAUUUCCUGGAUGACCCGGGGCUGAAGAACGACAUCCGGAACAAGCCGGUGCAGCUGCCCCUGGCCCACUCGGGGUGGCUCUUCAAGGAGGAGGUGGCAGAGCAGGAGGACACACAGCCAUGGCUGCCUGCAGCCAAGGAGGAGAAGAUGGAGCUGGACCCGCCAGCUGUGAAAGUGAAGGAAGAGCCGUGUGAGGAGGAUCCCAAGCCGGCCCAGCCCAAGGGCCCCCCUGGCUUCCCACGGGAUGUGUCGGCAGCUGAGCUGCUGCAGAGGCUGAGCCUGGCCCAGGAGGAGGAGCUGCUGUUCCUGCAGCUCCCUGACACCCUGCCCGGGCAGCCCCCCAGCCACGACUCCAAACCCAGCAAAGCCGAGCUGCACAGCGAGGACGGGCAGGUGCUGCUGGUGAAGCAGGAGAAGAGCCAGGAGGCGAAGCAGGCAGAGAACAUCUGCACCCUGGCCGACCUCCCUGAGGGCCAGGUGGGGAAGCUGCUCAUCCGAAAGUCAGGAAAAGUGCAGCUGGUGCUGGGCAAGGUCACCCUGGACGUGACCAUGGGCACCCCCUGCUCCUUCCUACAGGAGCUGGUGUCUGUUGCCAUCGGGGACAACCGCACGGGUGAGAUGAUCGUGCUGGGCCACGUCAGGCACAAGCUCGUCUGCUCCCCGGACUUCGAGGCUCUCCUGGAGCACCGGCACCGGUAGCCCAGGGGGUCCCGGCCCCCCCAGCCCCCGGGAUGGACCCUCAGCCCCUCCAGAUGUGCCUUUGGGACGUGGGCAGGGGGCUGGGGCGGGUGAUCCCAAUCCCGUGCUGUGAUCCCGAGGGAUCCAGAGCCAGCUCCCAGCUCCCUCCAGCCCCACAGGUGUCCGCCCGUGUCCCCCACACCAGUGGCUCCCCCCAGUGCCAAACGGGGAUCUCGGGGUGUGUGGGGGGCUGUGGGGUGUCCCCCAGCUCUGUGGACAUGCUGGUGGGAGCAAGACACACGUCUUUGGGGAAAAACCUGGAAUAAAACCUCUUUUCCCCCUG